UUGUGUAGCUUGUAUUCCCGCGUCUGCGCACCACCGCUCGGCCUAGACUCACCGCCUCAUCCUGAACGCCUCGCACCUCCGCACGGACAGCAUGUCUGAGUAUAGCGCGGUGCCGUCGUCCGGGACCGGAGCGCCUCUUGGAGCCGGUGGAAUCAAGAAAGACGCCUUCGCCGACGCAGUGCAGCGUGCCCGGCAGAUUGCAGCGAAGAUUGGCGGUGAUGUUUCUGGUCCUCCCAUGAGCAAUAAUGGUGGUGCAGAGGGUUACCCUUUUACAGCACAGAAACGAUCACUGGAUGAUGGAGAUCAACCAGAGAGUAAGAAGAUGGCGUCGGACAGGGACAGCGCUGCUGCCCUGUCUAUUGGAGCUCAGCUGGCUGCCCUUUCACAGCAGAGUAUCCGUCCCUCCACUGUCACAGAGGACUACAGAGUGCCUGAUGGAAUGGUCGGCCUCAUUAUUGGUCGGGGUGGAGAACAGAUCAGUAAGAUCCAGCAAGAGUCAGGCUGUAAAGUCCAGAUCGCUCCAGAUAGCGGCGGUCUUCCAGAAAGGAGUGUGUGUCUCACCGGCUCCCCUGAAUCCAUCCAGAAGGCCAAAAUGCUAUUGGAUGACAUUGUGUCUCGGGGGCGGGGCACUCCCCCUUCCUUCCACGAGUCGACCAAUGGCAGCGGGCACAUGCAAGAAAUGAUCAUUCCGGCAGGAAAAGCGGGUCUGGUCAUCGGCAAAGGAGGAGAAACUAUUAAACAGCUGCAGGAGCGAGCUGGUGUGAAGAUGAUUUUGAUUCAGGAUGCUUCUCAGGGCCCGAACAUGGACAAACCACUGCGCAUCAUAGGAGAUCCCUACAAAGUGCAGCAAGCACGUGAAAUGGUGCAGGAAAUUCUGCAAGAGAGGGAUCGCUCUGGAUUUGACAGAAACGAGUUUGGCUCUCAGAUGGGAGGCGGCGGUGGCGGCGGUGGAGGCGGCGGUGGUGGAGGCGGUGGUGGUGGUGGAGGAGGAGGAAUUGAGGUGCCUGUGCCACGUCACUCAGUGGGUGUUGUGAUUGGCCGAAGCGGAGAGAUGAUCAAGAAAAUUCAGAACGAUGCCGGCGUGAGGAUACAGUUUAAACCAGAUGAUAAUACUGGUCCGGAUAAGAUCGCUUAUGUAAUGGGACCUCCUGACCGCUGUGAACACGCCGCCAGUAUCAUCAAUGAACUUCUGCAGAGCAUCAGAGUGCGAGAGGAAGGCGGAGGGGGUCCCUCUGGUCCUCCUGGCACAGGUAUGCCUCCGGGUGGCCGUGGCAGGGGACGUGGUCCAGGCAACUGGGGUCCCCCUGGGGGUGAGAUGACCUUUUCCAUCCCCGCUCACAAGUGUGGCCUCAUCAUUGGCAGAGGAGGUGAGAACGUGAAGGCGAUCAACCAACAGACCGGAGCGUUUGUGGAGAUCUCGCGUCAGCCGCCGCCCAACGGCGAUCCCAACUUUAAGCUGUUUAUCAUCAGGGGGGCACCUCAACAGAUUGACCACGCCAAACAGCUCAUUGAGGACAAGAUCGAGGGACCCUUGUGCCCUGUUGGCCCCGGACCGGGUGGGCCAGGCCCUGCUGGACCGAUGGGCCCCUACAACCCAAAUCCAUACCAACCCGGACCCCCUGGAGGACCCCCACAUGGAGGGCCUCCUGGUGGUCAGUAUCCUCAGGGUUGGGGAAACACAUACCAGCAGUGGCAGCCACAUGAUCCCAGUAAGGCUGCUGCAGAUCCUAAUGCAGCGUGGGCAGCUUAUUAUGCGCAGUACUACCAGCAGCCUGCAGGUGCCGCUAUGCCAGGACAGACACCAGCGGGCCAGCCGGCUGCUCCUGCAACUGCAGACCAGAAUCAAGCUGCUCCGGGCGCUGCUCAACCCGACUACACUAAAGCCUGGGAGGAGUAUUACAAGAAGAUGGCAGCAGCAGAUGGAGGUGCGGCCCCAGCAGCAGGGGGCGCUCAACCCGCAGGAGCCGCAGCUGCAGCAGGACAGACGGAUUACAGUGCUGCAUGGGCUGAAUACUACAGACAGCAGGCUGCUUAUUACGGUCAGACGGGACAGACGCCUGGACAGCCGGGAGCAGCGCCACAGGGCCAGCAGGCUCAGUGAAAGACUAUUGGUCAACCCUGAUUCAUCCUGAUUCGUCCAUCCAUUCUCAUGCUGUCCUCUGACAAAAGGACUGAAAUUCUUCUGCUCUUCCUGUUCUUCUCUUCCUGUGUCCAGCAGGAAGCUGCGUGACUCUCCUCUGGAGCUCACUGACAUGCGUCACGGCUUCUGCGAAAGCUGUGUUCCCUUCUUUCUUUCUUUCUUUCUUUCUUUCUUUCUUUCUUUCUUCUGCUGGAUCCACACACUGAUGAACUAAAAUUAAACUCUGCUUCGUCUCUCCUUCCUCUUCCUCACACUAAUGUGACUCAUCUCCAGGGAAACUUCUUUACAUGAGUGUGCACUUCCUGUUUUGCAUACAUUUUUGAUUUAAAAAGAUCUUUUUGAGGAAAAUGGUGCAUUAGAAGAAAACUUCAGGUGUUGUAACUACUGUGUUUUAAAACUCAAUGAGUAACUUUGUAUUAUUUUCUUUUUUUAAUGCCUUUAUUUUUGGAGCUGGAACAUUCCCAUUGUUUGUUUUUAAUUCAUUUAAUGCGAUUUAAUUUUUGUUUCUGUGAUAUCAAGCGAGACUUGGUGUGUUUCUCACUCUAUGAAACAAAGGUUUCUUUUUCAUCCCAAGUCAGCGGAAGUCAAGAUGUGAUACACCGAUCAGCCACUACAUUAAAACCACCUGCCUAAUAUUGUGUAGGUCCCCCUCGUGCCGCAAAACAGCGCCAACUUGUAUCUCAGAAUAGCAUUCAGAGAUUAUAUUCUUCUCAGCACAGUUGUACACAGUUCAAACCAGUCUGGCCAUUCUCUGUUGUCCUCUCUCAUCAACAAGGCAUUUCUGUACACAGAACUGCCGCUCACUGGAUGUUUUUUGUUUUUGGCACCAUUCUGAGUAAAUUCUAGAGACUGCUAGUGUGUGAAAAUCCCAGAAAUACUCAAACCAGCCCGUCUGGCACCAACAAUCAACCAUGGUCCAAAUCACUGAGAUCACAUUUUUUCCCCAUUCUGAUGGUUGAUGUGAACAUUAACUGAAGCUCCUGACCCGUAUCUGCAUGAUUUUAUGCACUGCACUGCUGCCACAUGAUUGGCUGAUUAGAUAAUCGCAUGGAUGAUUGUUGGUGCCAGAUGGGCUGGUUUGAGUAUUUCUGGGAUUUUCACACACAGCAGUCUCUAGAAUUUACUCAGAAUGGUGCCAAAAACAAAAAACAUCCAGUGAGCGGCAGUUCUGCAGACGGAAACACCUUGUUGUUGAGAGAGGUCAACAGAGAAUGGACAGACUGGUUUGAACUGACAAAGUCUACGGUAACUCAGAUAACCACUCUGUAUAAUUGUAGUGAGAAGAAUAUCAUCUCUGAAUGCUAUUCUGAGAUGUGAGUUGGUGCUGUUUUGGCAGCACGAGGGGGACCUACACAAUAUUAGGCAGGUGGGUUUAAUGGUUUUUUUUUUGUUUUGUUUGUUUUUUGUUUUUGUUUUUUUACUGCUUGUUUUUAAAAAAUGCAAAAUAAAAUGUUACCGAAUUCUCAUCAGUUCA